GGAUGCUGGAUGGCCCGUUAUUCUCCGAGGGGCCCGACAGCCCCCGGGAGCUCCAGGAUGAGGAGUCGGGCAGCUGCCUCUGGGUGCAGAAGUCCAAGCUGCUGGUGAUUGAAGUGAAGACUAUUUCCUGUCAUUAUAGUGGUCGCGCCCCUUCUCGACAGUCCAUGGACAUCCAGGCCAGCCACUGGGCCCGCGGGCCCCAGAGCCGCACGUGUAGGCUGCGCCCGGGAUCCCCUGAGCCGCCGCCCCGCCGACCCUGGGCCUCCAGGGUGCUGCAGGAGGCGACCAACUGGCGGGCGGGGCCCCUCGCCGAGGUCCGAACCCGGGAACAGGAGAAAAGGAAGGCGGCGUCGCAGGAGCGGGAGGCCAAGGAGACCGAGAGAAAGAGGCGCAAGGCUGGCGGGGCCCGACGGAGUCCCCUAGGGCAGCCCCUUCGGGCGGCCCAGCCCCCGGGGCUCCCGCCUCCCUCCAGACCCGAGCGCUUCGGGCCGGUGGGGCGAGCGCCACGCCCGUCCGCCUUCCCGCAGGGUGAGCCGAGGGUGGCGUGGGCGGGGCCGUGGGGAGGCCGGAGGCCGGGGCCCCCCAGCUACGAAGCUCACCUGCUGCUGAGAGGCGCCGCUGGCUCGGCCCCGAGGCGCCGCUGGGACCGGCCUCCGCCCUACGUGGCUCCGCCCUCGUACGAAGGCCCCCACAGGACCCUGGGGGCGAAGCGAGGCCCCGAGCUCUCCCGGGCGCCCGCCUCGGCAGCCCCGGCUCCGGUGGCUGCCAGGACAGAGGGAGGGCGCGCCAAGAAGAGGCUGGACCCUCGAAUCUACCGGGACGUUCUGGGGGCCUGGGGUCUCAGGCAGGGCCGGGGACUCUUGGGAGGAGCUCCCGGCUGUGCUGCGGCCAGAGCCAGGCCGGAGGCUUGCAGAGGGGCCGCGGAGAGAGGCUCGGGCCUAGCUGUUGCUGGCCUGAUCGGUGGUGGCCACGGCCAGCCCCAAGCCGAAGCUACGGGCAGUCCAGACGCGGAGGCCGCUCCCUCUGGGUCCCCGGCCAGCAGCUCCCCACGUCCGGCUCCCAGGUCCAGGCAGCAGCGCAGGGGCUCAAGGCCAGAAAAGGAAGGAGGUGAACCGAUCUGGCUCCCCAAGUCUUGGCUUUCCUCUCCUAAAAAGCCUCCAGUUAGGCAUAGCCAGACUCUCCCCAGGCCGUGGGCUCCUGGGGGCACUGGGUGGAGAGAGGCCCUUGGUCCAAGAGAGGGGGCAGAACACGAGGGCCCGGAAGCCUGGAAGGCCACCCGCCGUGCCCACACCCUGCCCCGCAGCUCCCGGGGCCUCGCUCGCAGGGAAGGCAUCUUCGUCAUUGACGCCACGUGCGUGGUGAUAAAGUCCCAGUACGUCCCGACCCCUCGGCCCCAGCAGGUGCAUGCGUUGGCCUCCGGGGAGCCGUGCGCUGCGAGCGACAGCCCCAGGCUACCCAAGCCCAGCCGCGGGGAGGAGGGGGCCGCCGCCGGCCCUUCCGCUUGCCCGAAGCGCCUGUUGAGCAGCCGUGUCUCAAACCAGCCAGGCGGGGGUGCCGAGGGCGAGGCUGGGGGCGGGGAGCGGGGGCCUUCUUCGCCGGAGGACCGCGCCCCGCGCCUCCCGGGGCUCCCUGCGGCCAAGGAGAAGCCGCCGGACGCCCCCACGCAGCCAGGCAGCCCCGAGCGCCCGACCUUAGGCCCGGCGGCUCCGGGCUGCGCGGGCGGCGCGAAGGGCUCAGACGCGGCCGGGGUCCCGCGGCGCGCGGCCGGGGGCUGGGCGCGGACUCCGGGGCCCUACGCCGGGGCGCUGCGGGAGGCCGUGUCCCGCAUCCGCCGCCACACCGCCCCGGAUUCGGACUCAGACGAGGCUGAGGAGCUCAGCGCCCACAGCGGCUCCUCCGAUGGAAGCGACACAGACGCCCCAGGCGCCUCCUGGCGGAGCGAGAGGACCCUGCCUGCGGAGGGGAACACCCGGCCCGGGGAAGGCGCGAAGACGGCUGAGCCGAGUAACAGCAUCCGGGAGAUCCUAGAUGUGUCAGCCAAACCGAAGAAGGCCUCUUAGGAGAGAAGCACACCAGGAGAACUCCCGGGGAAAUAGAGGGACAGUGAGCGGUGCCCCUUUUCCAGGGUGGCUCAGCCAGCCUCGGGCCCGCCGCUCGCCUUCACUCUCCGCAGGCCUCGCUUGCUUCCCCUUUCUUCUCUCCCCACCUACACCUGCUCCCACGCUUGAGACAGAGGAAAGGAAAGAAAGGGAGGAGAGGGAAGGCAGCACUCGCCACUCAAAGGGUUAGUGUCAGGGAGAUUGGGGGCGGGAUUCAACUCCUGCUGCAUUCCACGCAGAGCUGAGCAGAGAGACAGGCCGAAGGUCAAGGAUGGUGGCAGAAAGCGACCGUCAGGGCAGGGUCCCUUGACAGGAGAGACAACGUACACACACACACACACACACACACA